GCGGAUCAGCUGGGCGAAGCAAUAACAUCCCAAACAAUAUCUGCCGAAAAACACAUCAAGAGGCAGAUAUUACGACCUAAACGUCGUGUGAAUCAGACUUUACACGCAGAUUUCUUCUAAGAAGAAAGACUUUUUCAUAUUUUUUGUGAAUUUACUACCUCAUAAAAAUAAUACCUAAAGCUAUGCUUUAAGAUUUGUCUGUCGUUUUUAUUGUGUGGUCGUCGCGUUACAACUUGAAUCAUUUUGCAGAUCUUUGCACCACAACCAAUUGAGACCUUAAAUUGUACAGCGCCUUCUCUGAGACUGCUCUGUUACAACAAAAAGACCAAGACAACUUUGAUCAACCUGCCACAUUAGUGAAUAUAGUUCAUAAAAUAGCUAUUUGUAAAGAAACAUUCUAAGGCAGCUAUCCCUCAGGAAAACAACUGUGACCUUUGACCUCCAAGGCAGUCAUGUUCCAGCGAAUCAGCAGUCUGUUUUUUGGCAGCAUGGAGGAAGGUACUCCUGAGCUGAAGGGACCAAAGCCCUGUGUGACUGAGGCUGAUGAAGAGGGAUGGCUCCUUGUCAACCUGCCUGAAGGAGCAACGGCAGAGGCCAGCCCCUUGGAGGACCUGCUCAUCGAGCACCCCAGCAUGUCCGUGUAUGUCUCACCCGGCCAUCUCCCUGCCAUCGAGGAGAGCACCUCCAGCUUGACUGGCAGUGUCAGUAGGAUGUCUGAAUCAGCAGUGCCUGCUGUGACCAGGAGCAGUGCUGCCACACGGGUGACCCGAGGAGCAGCUGCACAGGCCAGUGGUCUGGCUAAAGUCACCCAGGUGUCCAGGGUCCAGAAGGCCAAAGCCCGCACUGAGCGUCGCCACGUGACACGCAAUCGCAUGCAACGCCAAAACCGGGUGCGCGAACAGGUCCAACGGCGCUCGACCCACACCCGCAACUCCUUCUUGCACCAACCGUGCCAACGCAACUUCUGCCACUGAGGCAUCAAAAGUUUACAUGGAGGGCAUUAUUACACCUAAACACCCCUAGAAACCAACAUCGCCCAACAUAUACCCUUUCCCAGUUGUCCUUGCUAAAGUCCUUAUGCUUCUUUUGCUUGUACUGGUUUUAUGUCCACAGUGUUGUUCAGUUCCAUGUUAACCAGGUUUGUCUAGCCCAUGGGUUGAGCACAAGUGAGUUAAUGUAUCUCCUCUUUGCGCUCUUAUCAGGCAGCCCAUCACCAAGCACAUUUUUUCUCUCUAAGAGGAUCCAUAUUUUUGCUUAAGGCCCUUUAUACUGCCUAAAUGAGAUCCUGAAUGUCAAAUGCACACCACAAGACUGAAGCUCAUUGUCUUGCACAACUUUAAAGACUCACAGUUUCUUGUUUUCUGUCAUGUUGUUGCGCUCUUCUUUACACAACUAAUCAGACGAGGUGCAUCAUUUAAGACCAUUCUCGUGCCCAACUGUUGUUAUGAUACCAAAAUUCAUUGUCACAAAAUCUCUCGCACAUAGCAACACAAGAGUUUAUUCUUGAGAGCAUGAUUUGCACAGAAUGUGAGCAAGAACAAAAAUAACAAAAAAUAUGGAUGAGAGUGUUGGCUUUGCUUCAUACAGCAUAGCCUUCCUCUUGCGCUCUAUGAGUCCCACACAAUUUCAUCAGCUGUUGCGCAUUUCUGCGCACUCACUGGUCAGCCAGAUUUCAAACAAGCUUGAAAUUUAUCGUACCGUAACGAGUGUCACAAGUGCGCAAAUUAGUAGAGCAUUGGCUAAGUAGAGUUGGCUACGAUCUUGGGCUUUUUGGCAUGACUUAAAAUUCAACGAGCUUCGGUUCUGUAGUGUGCAUUUGGCUCAAAGCAAAAGUAGCAGUAAAUGUAGCUGAAAAGGAGAUGCAAACAAACCCUGUAUGUAGCUCUACAUAUAACAUCCCUCUGAAUGUACAACACAGGACAUUGGGUCUGAGAUCUAGAUCUAGUGUCAGAACAUAAUCAAGUCAAUUAUUUUGUCUGUAAAAUGAAAGAGCAAACCAUUGAAAGCUUUGUAGAAACUUGACCACUUUCUUUUUCUCUGGCUGGUGAGUUAUCCAGAUAUCCUGAGGAGAUGUGUAUCUCACCAACUAAAAUCACUUUUAGAAAAUAAACCACUACAGGGGCCGGUUGCACCAGCUAUACGUAAGUUACAACUUUGCCUAGUUGUGGCAUAAAUGGGCACUAAGUUACAAUUUAUGCACUACUAAAUAUGUGACCGUUGCACCAUUAAAAGUAGGACGUACAGUAACCCUACGUAUAACCUAAAUGUUUAUAGAAGCCUCCAACUAGGAGAAACGGAUGGAAUAAAAAAGCAGACUCAUUCAAUGACAUCAAUAAGCUCAUGUUUUGUGUGACAGGCUUCAGUCCUUUCGACAUACAGUAUGAUGUUGCAUUUACACUCGUUUACAUUUACAGGAGAAAAAAUUAUGUAAAAAACUUACUUCAGCUUGAAACCGAUCUAACGGUGCACUUUCCUGUGUACUCCGCCCUGUGUCAAGUUUCAACAUAUAUGAAAUAGAUAUUACGUUGAAAUUAAAAUGAAUUAGUUUGAUUAGUAUUUAUUUAUUUAUUGUCCAUAUGGCAUGGGGGGCGUGGUCAUGUGUCGAUCUUCGGGACAGAGAGAGCGGUAAGCCUCGUCACCUGGUUCACAUUUAUCACUAACACCUGUCUCUCGUUAUAGUGAUGCGGAGGGAGAACAAAAAGGCACACCAGAGCGUCAGUGAGGGAGAGAGUGAACGGAAAGCAUGACAGACCAACACAUGACCACGCCCCCCAUGCCACAGUCCCGUAUUCAUUUUAGAUUCAGUAACUGAAUAUUGUUAUUUACAUAAGCUAAAUAUAUCAUUAAUUAAAUCUUGUUUUGUUUCCUAUCGUAUUAUCGAUAUAAUUUAUUACAACUGAGAGUUACAACAGUUACGAGCAAACAAGAUUUGAACAAGCUCAAACUGAAAUUCACAGCUGCUUAACACUUCUGUGUACACAUUUGAAGGCUGCUUAUUGGAAACGUCAUACGUAUCACUUUACGGAGAGCUUACGACCUACUAGUUAAGCCUUGCCUUUACAGGUGGUGCAACCAAAUUAAGCACUGACUUGGUUACAAACUAUCUAGUAGUUACUAAGCCCUUAUUGUGAACUUUACGUCUCAACUUAAGUGAGACCUUACACACAGCUGGUGCAACCCUACCCAGGAACGGAAGAGUCGUCACUUUUGAAAAGAAGAAUGAAAAGUAUGUAGGGGAAGGUGCAAGCAAGAAUUAAACUAACUCAGUUUAGGAGCUCAUUUGUAAAGAGGUAAUUUUAAAGUAAAUGUUGCAGUCUGUACAUUUUCAACAUUGUGGUGCUAACCAAGUCAUUGUUUGCAAUUAUAUGAGCUAUCUUCCAAAAUCAAGUGAACUGCCAACCUUGACAACAUUUUAAAGAAUUGCACUCUCGACAUGAAGGUAGGCAGCAACCCUAUGCUCCCUUUUAAGACACCUAAUUUUGGCCAGAUUCUAAGGUAGCAUUGCGUUGUUAGCUUAGCGUAGCAACAUGCUAACAGCAGCGCUAUAAGAAAGACUUGCAAGUAAGAUAUCAUCAAUUGCGGUUCACUUUUGUGAUUUUGGUCUGAUUACAUUCAUACCAAAUGCAAUCCGUCCCAGAAAACACUUGAGCAUUUUGAGCGCUUCAGUAUAGGAUGUCUCACUUUCCAAUGGGGGGGCUCUCCUUAAAUGUUUCACAUUUUGCAGCUUCAAUACAGGACUAUAUGUCUUAAGUAUGUGAAGUUUUUGCCACGUUUUAGUAUUCCAAACCUUGAA